UAGGCACUUAAACGACACCAGGAAACACCUCUAUCGUUCAUUUUAGUCUCAUGUAUUAUGCAGGAAUCUUUUGAAGUAGCCUAGAUGCAGGUCCUUUAAAAUGAGUGAACGAAUGAAAGAGACGGUGCAGGUAUUUCACUUGUAUAGUGUCGAUUUCAAAGGUAGCAAUAUGCUGCCUCCCAGCGACAAAAUGCUGCUGUAGCCUACAUAUGAACAACUCAUUUCUACGACGGAGUAUAAGUACCCACACAAUUACGGAAAAUGCUCUCACGAUUGCUAAAAGAACAUCAAGCAAAGCAGAACGAAAGGAAAGAGCUGCAAGAGAGACGGAGAAGAGAGGCCAUUGCUGCUGCCACAUCUCUAACUGAGGCACUGGUGGACCACCUGAAUGUUGGGGUGGCCCAGGCCUAUGUGAACCAGCGUAAACUGGACCAUGAGGUGAAGACGCUGCAGGUGCAGGCUGGCCAGUUUGCUAAGCAGACAGCUCAGUGGAUCAGCAUGGUGGAGGGCUUCAACCAGGCGCUCAAGGAGAUUGGCGAUGUUGAAAAUUGGGCACGCAGCAUUGAGAUGGACAUGAGGACCAUCGCCACAGCACUGGAGUAUGUCCACAAGGGUCAGCUCCAGACCUCUUAAACACACACUGACCCUGAUAUCACCACUGACUCAGGCAAGAGUGUCCAUCAUGGUGAUUCUGCGGUCAAUGAAACAUCUGAACGAACUGCUGCAAGACAGCGAGGUGGGUCGUUGAAUCAAUUCCGAGGGGCCCUGUAAUGGAGCUCUUAAGUCAAGCAUGUUCCAUUUGUCUCUGUGUGUGUAUUCCUAUGACAGCAGGAGCUUGUGAAUCAGACAUCUUUCCUGCCUGAAGAGAAUAUGCAAGGAGAUUUAUUGUCUGCUGAGAAAGAUUUGUCUUCUUGCAGUGUUUUUCUUUUCAGGGCUUCACAAAAUGCCUCUAGACAGCAUAACUCAUAAGUCAGUUAAAACAGUUCAAAUGGGGAUAACUGAUGUAAUCCAACUGCUCAUAUCCCCCCACAGUCUGUUUUCACGUUUAAUUAAUGACCUGAGGGAUGUUUCGGAAAGUCUGGUUGUAUCUGCUACAAGAAAGUUGAUGGCUCUUAUUUUGCAAGGCCCAGAUUCCACGUCAAAUCUGUAUAAAUGACACGUAGGACAAAAACACCCCCAUCAGACUGGACUGCCUGUAUGCAUCCAAGCAAACCAAUCUACAAGCUUCAGAAUUUGAGGACGCCUUCUAUCAUACUUAAGUAAUAUGAUUGCUGCUCAUGUGACAUAAGAAAAUGAAAUUGGCCUGCAGCAUAGCUUACAGUUGGGGGGUUAGUAGGUUAUUGUUUGCUAGUCCAUGUGACGAGGCAGGUAAUUAAUUAAAUGACUGAUUGAUUGAUUGAUUGCUUAGAGGGGUGUAAUAUAUUAUCAUCCACGCUAACUCUGAGAUGAAUGGACUGACAGGAGUCUUUGUGUCACUGUCCCUCAUGUUUAUGAUGAUAAACACAGACAGGUUUGUAAAAUCCUUGGGUGCUGAUGUUUUGCUGAAUGUGAUGCUCUAUGACCUUUGGUCCCGAUGAACAGAAAAAUAAACUACUUUACCUAGCAAUA